AUGACACAGGAUAAUCCGGACGCACGACCAGACAAAGCGCCUGCUGUUCAACAGACUGCAACUGCACCGACGAGAGAUGAGGCCAACAUCAAAGGCGACGGCGCCCUGCAGCUGCUCGCCGCCGCAGACACCCCCAUUGGCGACCUCAACCUCGAGAAGAGCCGGCAGCUGCUGCGCAAGAUCGACGUCUACAUCAUGCCGCUCAUCUGCGUCGUCUACUUCCUGCAGUACCUCGACAAGAUCGCUAUCAGCUACGCCAGCGUCACCGGCCUGCCCCAGUCCGCCCACCUGCACGGCAACCAGUUCAACUGGGUCUCCAGCAUCUUCUACUUCGGCCAGCUGGCCUUCGAGUUUCCGACCAUCCGCCUGAUGCAGGCCUUCCCACUGGCGCGCUAUGUCGCCGUCAACGUCGUCAUCUGGGGCGGGCUGCUGGCCUGCCUGGCCGCCUGCAAGUCGUUCGCCGCCCUGAUGGUCUGCCGCACGCUGUUGGGCUGCGCUGAGGCCGCCGUCGUGCCGGCCUGGGUCGUGUUCACGUCGCAGUGGUACCGCAAGGAGGAGCAGGCCUUCCGGGUCGGCAUAUGGUUCUCUAUGUGCGGCUUUGCCCAGAUGUUUGGCGGCUACGUCGCGUACGGCGUGGCCAUCCACGUGGGCAGCGACCCCCAUGCGGCUCUGCGCGGAUGGCAGGUCAUCUUCCUCAUCCUGGGGCUGCUGACCGUCGUUGUAGGCGUCGUCUUCUUCUUCAUCCUGCCGGACUCGCCCCUGAAUGCGGGCUUCUUGACUCCGACGGAGAAGGCGCUGCACGCGGAGCGACUCCGAGGGAACGAGCAGGGCAUUGGAAGCAAUGUCUUCAAGAAGGAGCAGUUCUACGAGGCUCUCCGNGACCCCAACACAUGGCUGUAUUCCUUCUGGGUGUUUGCCGCCAACAUCCCCAACUCCAUCGCCACUAGCAUGGGCAACAUCCUCGUCACCGGCCUGGGAUACUCGCCUACCGAGAGCUUGCUGCUGGUGACCCCGUUGGGCGCGUACGAGGUCGUCGCCCUCGUGGGGCUGACCUAUCUCAGCAUGAAGACGAACCAGCGUCUGCUCUGGUGUAUUCUCGGCCACAUCCCGUCCAUCGUGGGCGCCAUCCUCAUGGCCACCACCAGCAAGGCGCCCGCCCUGGUGGGAUACUACCUGUCGGGAGGCAUUCCCAUCGGCUGGACGACGAUCCUGGGUCUCACCAGCACCAAUAUCGCAGGCUCGACGAAGAAGAUCACCGUGGCCUGCAUCCAGACCAUCGCUUACACCGUGGGCAACAUCAUCUCGCCGCAGACGUUCCAGGCUAAAGAUGCACCGCGCUACCUGCCCGCCAAGAUCGCGAUCUGCAUCCUGUACUUCCUCAUCACGAUCGAUCUCUGCGUGAUUCGAUGGCUUGCCGUCCGGGAGAACAAGAGACGGGAUCGGCGGAGGGAGGAGUUGGGCGACUCCUACGUGGUAGAGCAGAACCAUGAGUUCCUAGAUCUGACGGACCGCCAGAAUAGCGAGUUUAGAUACGCGUUGUGA